GAAAGCUAAAAAGCUGUUUGAAAAGAAUGCUGCUCCUCUGUUGCAUCUAGCUGGUAUCAAUGUGGAAAUAAUUAAGACUGAAUUUGACGGCCAUGCUAAAGACUGUGCUGGAGCGUUGGAGUCCACCGACGCAUUGGUGGUUGCUGGUGGAAAUGGUACCGUAGGAGAGGUUAUAACUGGCCUGCUUAGACGAAGUGAUCAACAAUCAGUCAGCAAGAACUGGCCAAUAGGAUUCAUCCCUAUCGGUUUCACGAAUACAUUAGCAAAGUUUCUGUAUUUAGAUUCGGAAUCUGAAGUCAGGUGGAUGUGUAAUGCAGCAAUGGCAAUAAUUAGAGGCAUGACCACACCAGUGGAUGUGAUGUCCAUACAG